CAAAACCAGAGAUUUUUCUAAAAAAAAAUCAAGAUACAUAUGUAGAAGCUUUAAAUAUUACAAAAGACUUGUAUGAUUUAGGUAAAAAGGAAGAACGAAAGGAGCCAAUACAAUGGCAGGAAAUAAUAGAUAACGAUCCGGUUGAAGAGCUGGUAAUUGAUAAGCUUAAUAAUGAGCAAAUAUGGGACGAAAUUGAUAGGAAAAACAAUCCAUUCUUGAAAUAUGUUAAUGAUGAAUUGGAUGCACUUGAUGAUUUUAUUGGAAACCAAGAGAAUAGUGAAAAUGAUGAUGACAGUGUAUCCAAUGACUCUAAUCAUGAUCUACUAGAGAACAAAAUAAUAGAAGAUCUUUCUAGUACACAUUCCGAAUUAUCGGAUAACAACAGCAUGGAUGUCGAAGAUGAUCUCUUUGAAGAUGAUGUGCAAGAAUUUAAUAAGAGCACAGGAGAUGACGUUAAUAUGCCAGAAGAUGAUGAAAUCGAUUACUUUGCGGAUCCUGAUGAAUUGGCUGAUGAGUCAAAUGCCAAUGACAAUUUAGAUAUUGACAAUAGUAAAGAUGAUUAUGGGCAUGAUAAUGAAUCCUUGAAUAAUUUGGUCUACGAUCUAUGUGCUAAAGAGACGAGCGAUGACAAAGGGGAUAAAGCUCUAAAAUCACCCUUCCACAAAAAACAAGAAAAAGUGCAAAAACGAAUAGAACAGCUAGAAAUGGAGAAUAUUGCUGAUAAGGAUUGGACACUAAUGGGAGAGGUAUCAAGCAAGCAUAGGCCAUUAAAUAGCUUAUUAGAGGAGGAUUUAAAUUUUGAUCAUAUCGUUAAGCCAGCUCCUGUUAUUACUGAAGAAGUCACUAUUAAACUUGAAGAUAUGAUAAAACAAAGGAUUUUGGACGAAACGUUCGACGACGUUGAACGUAAACAAGAUCCAAAUUUUAGGCCAUUUCUACCUUCAAAAUUAGUUGAAGUGUCAGAUGAAAAAUCUAAAAAGUCCUUAGCAGAGAUAUAUGAGGAAAGUUAUAUUAAACAAACAUCUGAUAUGCCAGAUGAGAAAGAUGAAGCGUUAAAAAAAGAACAUCAAGAGAUUGAAAAUAUGUUUAAAGAAUUGUGUCAUAAAUUAGAUGCUUUGAGUAAUUUCCAUUAUACACCAAAACCGCCUAGACCUGAAAUUUCUGUCAUUGCUGAUGUACCAGCCAUAGCAAUGGAGGAAGUUAUACCGGUUCAUGUUAGCGAUGGUACAUUACUUGCUCCUGAAGAAGUAUAUGAUAAGAAGAAGCAAGAAGUAAAGGGUGAUACUGAAAUGGAUUCAAAUGAGAAAAAACGAGCACGAGCUGCCAAAAAACGGUUAAAGAAGAAGGAAAAGAAAUUGAAAGAACGUGAGAAAAAAGUUGUCGAAAAAAUGAAUCUUGGACUAGGGAACAAGCAUGCAAAACAGAAAAUGUUGGAUUCACUAAUAGGCCAAAAAAAUGUGACUAUUAUCGGGAAAGAUGGGACGAAGGCUUCUGUUUCAAAACAAAAGAAACAAGAAAUCAAUAUUAAGUCUACAAAUCUGAAAUUAUAA